ACAGAUAAUUUCUGGACGAUGGACAGAGUAAAAACUGAAAAUCCAAAAACGGAUGCAGCGAAGGAUAAGGAUGAUAAGCGGGCGGAUGAGCAGCAGCAGCCAUCACUCUCAAUUCUUGGUGUCCCUCAGCUCCCAAAGCCAAAGGAAAAAAUGUAGAGAACAUGUCCAGCGCUGCUACUCAUGGAUGCUAAACCCAUCAUUCUCAGCUAACCUCAGUUGUAUUGUUCAGAAUGACAAUUGGUUAAUAACAUGCCUUCCUCAGUCUAUUUCAAUUGUGUAUCCCUACAAUUUGGCUUUGGCUUGCUUGCAGGCUAUUUGACUUUGAGAUAUAUUUAACUGCAAGGAAGCUGAUUUGACAAAAUGUGAAGAAAGUGAUGAAUAACUUAUUCUAGCCACCAUUUUUUCCUCUGGCUUUGCAAUUCAAGUUAACAUGGCACCUGUAAUUCCAUGUUCAGUCACCAAUGUUUCACUAAUUCCUGGUACUAGUUUUACAUUAAGGAGGAGCAAUUAUUUAACAAGGUGCAAUUUUUUGAGGAAGUUCUCGAAACAUACAUUAUCCUCACAAAAGUUUAGUUUGCCUCUGUCAACAUCUGUAAGAUUAUUUCAACCAUACACAAGUGGAUGUGUUUUACAUCGUAAAUCGAGGAUCUAUAUAUUAUCAGCCACAGGGACUGAUGUAGCAGUAGAGGAACCUGACUCCCCAAUUGCAGAUAAUGAUUCUGACAGAAUCUCAGAAAUUCCGUCCACUGCAGUUAAAGCCAGUGAAGAUUCAUCAAUCAAAUUAGAUGCCAGUGCAGUACAACCCAAACGUUCAAAGCCUAGCAGGAAGAGUGAAAUGCCGCCUGUGAAGAAUGAAGAACUGGUGCCUGGUGCAACUUUUACUGGGAAAGUAAGGUCAAUACAGCCAUUUGGUGCUUUUGUUGAUUUUGGAGCUUUCACAGAUGGUCUGGUGCAUGUUUCGAGGCUAAGUGAUAGCUUUGUUAAGGAUGUUGGAAGUGUGGUUUCUGUUGGACAACAGGUGACGGUGAGAUUAGUGGAAGCAAACACUGAGACAGGACGGAUUUCUCUUUCUAUGCGUGAAAAUGAUGAUAUUAGUAAGAUACAGCAACCUAAAGAUGCUCCUGCUAGCAGUGAUAACACCAGGCCCACCAGAAAAAGCACUUCAAUGAAGAAAAGCUCAAAGUUUGUUAAAGGGCAGGACCUAGAGGGCAUUGUGAAAAAUUUAAUUAGAUCUGGUGCUUUUAUAUCUCUUCCUGAGGGAGAGGAAGGAUUUCUACCCUUGUCAGAAGAAUCUGAUGAAGGGUUUGUCAACAUUAUGGGGGGCUCCUCUCUGCAAGUUGGCCAAAAAGUUAGUGUGCAGGUGUUACGCAUCACAAGAGGACAAGUGACACUGACAAUGAAGAGAAAAGAUACUGAAGGGUUGGACUCGCAGAUUGUUCAGGGGGUUGUCCAUGUUGCCACGAACCCCUUCAUGCUGGCUUUCCGUAAAAAUAAAGAUAUUGCUGCAUUUUUGGAGGAGAGGGAGAAAGUGAUGGAUUCCACUGAAAUUAAGGAGUCACCAAAAAAUUCAGAGGAGAGAGAUGAAACUGUAAAUCAAAAGACAACCGGGUCUGCUAUCCUCAAAGUUCAGGAGCAGCCAGCUGGCAUCAAUGAAGAAUUGGUCAAUGUCCCUUCUGCUGUGGAUGAGUUGGUAGAAGAGGAAGAUUCAUUGCAGGAAGUGGAUGGAGGAACCAAUACUGUAGACGGUGCCUCAACUGUGUCAGUGAAAAAUGAUGAAAAGUCUGGUAGCAUGGUGUCAAGUUCAUCACAAAAUUCUGAUUGCAUCGUUCAAACUACAGAUGAAAUGGAGAAUAAUUAUGAAAAUUUGGAUUCUGAUAAUGCAAAAAAAAUAAUUACAGAGGAUUCUAUCACAGAUGAGGUGGAAAACAUCGAAGAUUCAAGAUUAGAAGGAGAAAUAACUGAUAAUAUCUUGUCUUCAGAAAGUAUGGUUAGCAAAGUUAUAGGCAGUCAAGCUGAUGAUACCAUAGCAAAAGAUGAAGUGCAGAUACAAACUGCUAGUGCAAAGAAUCAAAUUGUUGCUGCUGCAGAUGUUGACGAUCAAAAGGUAGCACCAAUCAUUGAGGAACAUCGCAGUAUCAGCAGCUCAAAUGGACAAAUUGAUGUUAGCAUGAAUGAAGGGCAAUUGGAAUAUGAUGGAAAAGUAGAUCCAUCUGGAGAAGUCGCUGAUGAUCAACGUGGUCUGUUGGAACAUCAGGUCGGCAAAGAAACUGUAGAGAAUCAAGCAGAUGAUAGUAUGGCCAAAGAUGAAGUGCAGAUACAAAAACCUGUUGCAGAUAUCGAUAUUCCUUCAGCUACACCGGUUGAAGAUGAAAAGGCAGGACCUGAGCCUGAGAAAAAUUACAGUCAUUCCAAAUCUAAUGGACAAACUGGUUUUUUUUCUCCAAAGGAAAACAUGACUAGAGCAACUAUAUCACCAGCUUUAGUGAAGCAUUUGCGUGAAGAAACAGGAGCAGGAAUGAUGGAUUGCAAAAAGGCUCUCUCAGAAACUGGAGGUGAUAUUGUUAAAGCUCAGGAGUUCCUCAGGAAAAAAGGUUUAGCAAGUGCAGAUAAGAAAGCGGGUAGAGCCACAGCUGAAGGUAGAAUAGGUUCGUACAUUCAUGAUUGUAGGAUAGGGGUCCUGAUAGAAGUGAACUGUGAGACAGAUUUUGUCUCUCGAGGUGACAUCUUUAAGGAACUGGUUGAUGAUCUUGCCAUGCAAGUGGCUGCAUGCCCUCUAGUUCAGUAUCUUGCUACCGAAGAUGUUCCUGAAGAGCUUGUAAACAAAGAAAAAGAGAUUGAAAUGCAGAAGGAAGAUCUCUUGUCAAAACCAGAGCAGAUCAGAUUGAAGAUUGUUGAAGGGCGGAUCAGGAAGGGGCUUGAAGAGCUGGCAUUGCUUGAACAGCCCUACAUUAAGAAUGAUAAGGUGGUGGUAAAGGACUGGGUCAAGAAGAUGAUUGCAACCAUAGGGGAAAAUAUAAAAGUGAAGAGGUUUGUGCGGUACAAUCUUGGAGAAGGUCUGGAGAAGAAAAGCCAGGAUUUUGCUGCAGAGGUGGCAGCUCAAACUGCAGGCAAACCAGUGCCUCAACUGGUGAAAGAGCAGGCUGGUGCAGCUGAAGCCAAGGAAGCUGUUCAAAAGCCACCAAUGGUAACGAUAACAGCUGCAAUGGUCAAACAGCUACGGGAAGAAACUGGAGCAGGCAUGAUGGACUGCAAGAGAGCUCUCUCUGAAACUGGAGGGGACGUGGAGAAGGCGCAAGUGUACCUCAGAAAGAAGGGUCUUUCAACUGCUGACAAAAAGUCCAGUCGGCUUGCAGCUGAAGGCCGGGUUGGGUCAUACGUCCAUGACUCCCGAAUCGGAGUUCUUAUCGAAGUGAACUGUGAAACUGAUUUUGUGGGAAGAAGUGAAAAUUUUAAGGAGUUCGUGGCCGAUCUUGCAAUGCAAGUGGUGGCCUGCCCACAAGUGCAGUUUGUAUCUGUGGAAGAAAUCCCAGAAAGCAUCUUUGUGAAGGAAAAAGAGCUUGAGAUGCAGAGAGAGGACCUCCUGUCAAAACCAGAGAACAUAAGGGAGAGGAUUGUUGAGGGGAGGGUGUCAAAGAGGCUUGGAGAGUUUGCUCUUUUGGAGCAGCCCUUCAUUAAGAAUGACAGUAUUCUGGUAAAAGACUUAUUGAACCAAACUGUUGCUGCUCUUGGGGAGAACAUUAAGGUGAGGAGGUUUGCUCGGUUUACUCUUGGGGAGUCAACAACACAUUAAACAGAAGCGUUGGAGCUAUUUUGGUUAAGCUUCUGACAUAAAAUUUUUUUUGUUGUGAUCACAGCUGCUUUUUUUUUUUUGUUUGGAAGUUGGUGCCAUGUAUAUGUCAUAUGAUCACUACGGCUACUUUUGGCAUCUAACUUUUGAAAGGUGAGAAAGAAGCAUCUCUUUUAGUCUUUUGCAA